GUUAACUCUAGUGAAUUUCUCCUCAAAAAGCUCCAAUCUACGCCGGAACAGUCACACAGCACAUUUAACUACAUUCCCCAUGAUGCCUUUCUGUCUCUGACUUCAUCUGUCCGCGCUAAACUGAGUUGGCCAUCAGCAAAAAGGCCGGCUGCUGCCAUCAUGACCAAACUUCUGGAGUGGUUGUUCGGCGUUUCGGUCGUCUUGGCCGUCUGGGCGGUGGUGGCCUUCGACCUGUUGGACUUGGAAGUGCCGCGUCCUUACCGAGAGGUGGCUUGGCCCAUGCCGCUGUACCUGCUUGUGUCCUUCGGCUGCUACUCCCUGGCCACGGUGGGCUUCCGGGUGGCCACUUUUAAUGACUGUGACCAGGCUGCCGAGGAGCUCCAGAAGCAAAUAAGAGAAGCUAAAGAGGACCUGAAGAGGAAAGGAUUAAAGAUGUAGAAUAAAACAAACUAUAUAUUUUUUGCAGACAUCUGGACAUGUACAGGACAUGAGACUCUAAACAGCAAUUUCAAAUGUGAUGUUGUUACCCAUUUAUCCAUGAAAUACCAAGUUAUCUCAUCCGAACAUUCUUCUAUCCUGAUUCAGACAUGAUUAAAUUAUUUUUCUUGA